AUGGUGGCAACUGUAAUACCGGCAACACGAGCUCAACCGUUUGUCAAAAAUGGCUGCCCUUCUCAAUGCGGCAACGUUACAAUCCCGUACCCUUUCGGCACGAAGGAAGGUUGGAGCAUAAUGCUACUGGAAUUGGUAUUAACCAUUUCAAGGAUAUAUCGGGGACUUUGGCCAAAAGAGCUCAUCAAACAAAGAGAAAAAUUCUUCUUGCAAAAUGGGGGUAUUAUCUUACAACAAGAGCUUUCAAAGUUUAAUGAAGCUGUUUCAGUCAAAAUUCACACAUCAGAAGAGCUAAACAAGGCAACAAACAACUUCAAUGAAAGCAAUACCGUAGGCCGAGAUCAUAGUCAAGUCGAACAGUUCACUAAUGAAGUCAUUGUUCUUUCUCAAGUUAACCAUAGAAAUGUCGUGAAACUUUUCAGAUGUUUAGAGACGGAAGUUCCUUUGUUGGUUUACAAAUUUAUAGCCAACGGUACACUUUAUGAACACUUGCAGUCAUCGGGUCUUGGACGGGAAUGUCGGUUGAGAAUCACGGCUGAAACUGCCAGAGCACUCUCAUAUUCGAACUCGGCUGCUUAUCCUCCUAUUAUUCAUAGAGAUGUUAAGUCCUCUAACAUUCUUUUUUAUGAACAUUACACUGCAAAAGUCUCGGAAUUUGGAGCUAUCAGUGCAAGGGACGCUCACUUCAGAGUUGUCCUUGCGGAGUUACUAACCGGGAGAAAAGCACUUUGCUUUCAAGUGCCGAAAGAAGAGCGGAAUCUAGCAAUGCAUUACGUUUUCACAUUGAAAAAGGACCAAUUAUUCAGAAUUAUCGACCAUCAUGUGCUUGUUGAGGGAAACACUACACAGAUACAAGUUGCUAUGUUGGCAAACAGGUGCUUAAGAGUUAAAGGCAAAGAGAGGCCCUCAAUGAAGGAAGUCGCAACCGUAUUGGAGGGUCUAAGAGCAAUGCUAAGCAUCCGCCCGGUCAGCCCUCAGGAAAGUACUAAGGGCAGUUCAUCCGACUACGGCAGCUGUUAA